UCUGGGUCAUAAAGUUUUGUGCCAUACAAAAAGUGUAAUGCGAUCUCACCAUGUUUUUGUGGAAUAUAUGACGCGAAAGUGCCACUUGCUGGUUAUUCUAGAGGAGCUUGUGAAUGCAAAAUGAUGUGUUAUUUGAACGUUUGAAAAGGUGGACGCAAUAGUGUUAAUAGCGAAUUGUAAUGUGGCAGUUGUUUCUAAGUUUGUUUUUCAAUACACGGAUCAUAAGACUUUCAGUGCGCUGAAACGACGUAAAAUGUACAUGAAUGCCUGAGACACUUCUACAAUAAAUGCGGUGUACAAAAAUUUCAAUUCGGCUAACAAAAGUCACUACACAAUGCGGAUUAAGGAGUUGGAUCUGUUUGACAUUUAAAUGCCUAAGCUCCUAAAGAAAACAAAAUCGCCAUGCUAUAUGUCGUUAGCGCCAUUUAAACAGGGAACAUAGGAUGAUCAUAGAACGUAAGUAAGGCCUUCAAAAGACAAAAAUGAUAACAAGAAAUCAGGAGCGCCGAUUCAGAAUUGACAUUGCCAUCAGGGAUGUGAUGACAAAAACUUUCCAGCAUUUUUUAGCAAAACACAUUCUCCCUGCUGAUCUUAUAAAUGAAAUUGAAAGACGAAGACAUAAACAUUUAUCUGAAGAAGACAAGAAAACUAUUCAGAGUGGAAACUUCGACAAGUUUGAUGUAACGCUAUUGAACAAAUUGUUUGUAAAUUACGGGGAUAUUAUAUUUGAAAAUGGAUUACACAUCGUCUGCUCAAAGGAAAUGCCAUAUCCUAAUCACGUUACCGUUUCGGACGAUUUUAACAGAUUGCGUAUCUAUAGGAAUAAGUAUGUUCAUCAAAUACAUACUGAAAACGAAGACAUCGCCAUUGAAGCAAUGGAAGGAAUUAAACAGGAUUUUAUUGACAUUUGUUUACGCAUGAAAGAAAGAAAUUUACCUGAAUAUAAAAAAGUGGAAUAUGUGGCACAGCUACAAGUUAUUUUCAACAGUGAUCUUGAUCGGAUUGAGGAACUGCACAAACGAGUAACCAACCUAGAAAGAGCUAGAAAAAGACUGGUGGAAGAAGAUAUACAGUUUAAUGGAAAUUCUAAAAGGAGGAAAAAGAGAAUACUGACAUCAAUAAAUAAUUUAACAGAAAAUACAAAGCAAAUGAGAAAAUCAAAAGCACUUUUAAUGGUUGGAGAAUAUGGGGUAGGAAAAUCCUCAUUUGUGAAUACAGUUCUUACUGCCAUAACGGGAAUAUAUCAUGAACACUGUGAAGUUGCCCAAGCCAGCUCAAGCAAGACCAACUAUUUAGAUGUUAAAUGCCCUGCAGAGUAUUUAAAAAUCACGACAGACGAAGACGAUAAGUUGUGGUACCCAACUUUUGUGGAUAUGGUCGGAAUGGACAAAGCCAAUUUUUCCCCAUUUGACAUCAUUCUUGAAUACAUUUUGGAUGGAAAACUAAAACCAUUUACCGAUCUGACCGACUUUUGCAACAAUAUUAAAAAAGGUCGCAAAAUGGUGCAGAUGGAAAAAAGGGAAGGUCCUAUUGUCGAUGCCAUUGUCUUCCUCUUGGCUCCAAAAAGCGGGCAAAAUCCAACAGUUCUAAUGGAAAACAUAAAUAUUGUUCUUAAAAGAUCUGCUAAAGAAAUACCCAUUUUUGUAGUAAUGACAAAAAUGGAUGAAUGUGAUUUAGCGGAGGAGGCUAUAAGGGAUCUAAAAAGAAAUAUUUGCAGCUCGUUUGUUAUAAACAUGGAUCGUAUUCUCGAGUGUGUAAAUUACAAGAGGUCUGAUACACAAUCUGGUUGGUGGGAUAACAAUGCCGUGGAAAAGGUUUUGAACUUCCUUACAUCAAUCUGUGAUCCUCAUCUUCAACGAAGAGAUUUGAUACGUAUGGAAUUUGAAAAGGAAACAUCGUUUAUUCACGUUGACGGAGAAAAAGUACUUAAAUUUGCAGUACUUGUCUUAAUAUUAUCAAUUCUAGGUUACCUACUUUCGAUUCUUAUUAGUAAAGUGUCAAUUACCAGAGCAGGAAAUAUGCGUUUUUUAAAUGAAACUCGUUAAAAUGUAGUUUAAAAGAAAGUUUGAUUGAUACUUAUAUGAUAAAGUAGAGCGAUGCAUGUUAUACAGCUGAAAACAAUUCAUUAGUAAUUAUAAAUGACCAUAUAAUCAGCAGCUGAUUAUCAUGUACUGUAGAGUGAAUGUUUCAUCAAAGUAUGGAUUUAUAUUUACAUCACCAAAGUAUAUCAUCAAACAAUCUUAAAGUUCAUUUUAAUUGUGUUGACUGUUUGUAAUAUAUAUCGCAUGUUGGACUAUUAUAUUGAAGAAGUGUGGCUUGCAUACUGAUUUGUUUUUUGUUCGUUUUUUGUUCAGUUUUUUGUUUUGGAUAUGUUAAAUUUUGGAUCAAUUCUUAUUUGUUAUCAUUAAAGCUGAACACCGUUCGUAAAUAGGGAUUGUCAUCCGGGCCAAAUACCGAUAUAUAAACCUUCUGAUUUUGUUACAUCCGAUUGCACACCUGAAACUGGUGGCCGACGUAUAGUACCGGGUAUUCCUUUCGUGGUCUAUGGAUUUUAUGCAUUUAUUUCUUAUAAUAUGUUUAUGUUCUGUUUGUAAAUAAUGUAUUGACUUUUUUUUUUUUUGAUGUUAGUACUUUUCUUGCUUGACAAAAGUGCGUAAUAUUUAAUAAUUUCAACUCUACCAAAUAACAAAGCAAGACAAUAUGUACGUCAAAACAUGCGACACCUUUUCAGCGAAAUGCUUUAAACUGCUUAGAGGUCUGCAGCUUAUAUAAGGGUUCUUUGGAUAGCGCUGAUAAAAAAUGAAUAUGGCAGACUUGCCUAUUUACGAGCGGUGUCAGCUUUAACACAUGUCUUGCAUAUUCAAAAUUUGAACCCCCCCC